AUGGCAGCGUAUAUCAACCUUAGCUUCCAGGGGACUGUCUAUUUUGCUGCACAUCGUUCUGCCGAAGUUGGCGCUAUGCUGCAAUUGUAUUCAAACAGGCUUGUAGGCGUAGCAAGGGAAUCCACCUUUGAUGUUUUGUACGCGCAGGUCGCCCGAGAUUGGCAUCAGCAAGACGACCUUGUUACACCCUUUAACGACCGUCGAUGGACGCACGUUAGAGCGGUCUGGACCUUUGACCUUGAUAGCGAUUUUCUGCGAUUGAACCAGAAAGAUCGCGACUUUUGCGUUCCUCUCAACCUUGUUCGCCAGCGUGCUAUGACCAUUUCUGACUUCGAGCCUUACACACUACCGCCGACUCUCGCCAAACACGCCUUACAAUCUGUGUACUCAGCGCCGUGCUGGAAAAUGAGACGCAAUAUCGACCUGCGGCAGCUACAGCGACGCAAGGCUUUCGUCUCCAGGAUACUCGCCGAUUUUGCGUUCCAGUGGAGGCACGUCCUCUGUGGUCGUUACAAUAACUCUACGUUUCGAAGACUUGCCAAUGCUAUCGUCAGGAUUGUUACCCUGGACUUUACCGUACAAGAAGCAACGCUCUCACGCCAGGGCAAAGGUGGCUUCCUGGUCUGGAUAGACAACCUCCCAGAGUGGGAUUUUGCAAGUGGACACAUUGUGAGAGUCGGUGGGACGUCCAUCGUCAUAUGCCAGCAUGCCCCGCACGCGGUCACGCUGGUCCGAAAGGAUUUCGGGAAGCAGAUCAUGUCCAACCCUGGCUCGAAAGAACAAACUUCCACGUAUCUCAUACUCUCGGUGCGGGAGCUUAUUCUGUAUCGAAUAAACAGCGAGUUUGAAAAAUAUACAGAACCCAAACGUCUAUUUGAUGGGACGAAUCCUCCGUCUGACGAAGCUAUCGAGCUCCUUCUCCAGGCCACACACACCAGUGCCCCCACAACUCCUCUUCACAAGCUCCCUAUUGAGUUACAAGAUGCAAUCCUUGACAAGGUAUCAGCAGGGCCCAUCGAGAGCGCCAGAGUUGGCUGCUUACUUGACGCUGGGACAAAUUUUACAUGGCGGUGCGGCAACCGAGAUAUCCAAAGAGAAGAGGGCCGCCGGUCUAGAACACCGUGGAGUCAUGUGGAGUCGUAUAUUCUGUUCGGUGGCUGUCCUAGUGGCAUAGCACAUAAGUAA